UUCUGCGGAGCACGCCGGGAGGAGGGGGAGCUGGGGGCAGGAAGAUGCCGGGGAAGUUGAAGGUCAAGAUCGUGGCCGGGCGCCAUUUGCCAGUGAUGGACCGAGCCAGUGACCUGACUGACGCCUUCGUGGAGGUAAAAUUUGGAAAUACCACAUUUAAGACAGAUGUGUACCCCAAAUCCCUCAAUCCUCAGUGGAACUCAGAAUGGUUUAAAUUUGAGGUAGAUGAUGAAGACCUACAAGAUGAGCCCUUGCAGAUCACGGUUCUUGAUCAUGACACCUACAGUGCUAAUGACGCCAUUGGCAAAGUGUACAUUGAUAUUGAUCCUUUGCUCUAUAGUGAGGCAGCUACAGUUAUCUCUGGAUGGUUUCCAAUUUAUGAUACCAUACAUGGUAUCCGUGGGGAGAUCAAUGUGGUAGUGAAAGUAGACCUCUUCAAUGAUUUAAACCGUUUUAGGCAGUCAUCCUGUGGAGUCAAAUUUUUUUGCACCACAUCUAUUCCAAAGUGUUAUAGAGCUGUAGUAAUUCAUGGAUUUGUGGAAGAGCUGGUUGUUAAUGAAGACCCCGAAUACCAAUGGAUAGACCGAAUCCGUACACCAAGGGCAUCAAAUGAGGCUAGACAGAGACUUAUUUCACUAAUGUCAGGUGAACUUCAAAGGAAGAUUGGCUUGAAGGUACUUGAAAUGAGAGGGAAUGCAGUUGUUGGUUACUUGCAGUGUUUUGAUUUGGAGGGAGAAUCUGGACUAGUAGUACGAGCCAUAGGAACAGUCUGUACCUUGGAUAAAAUAAGUAACACAGCAUUCUUACCUGCAUGUAAUUCCCCAUCUAAAGAAAUGAAGGAGUCUCCGCUGGUUCAUCCGCCAAGCCAUGGAUGCCGCUCGACUCACAACAGCCCAAUUCACACUGCUUCUGGCUCACGACUUACCCAGAACUUCUCUCUGUCUGUUCCCACUCUCAUCUACACUGGUACGAGACUACUCAGACUCAAGAGCUGGGGAGAGGCAGGCCACAGGCACAGUGGUCGCAAAGUGCAGGCAGGCAGGCAGUGUAGGAUUCCUUUCAAUGAAGAUCCCAAUCCCAAUACUCAUUCAUCAGGACCCUCCACCCCUCUGAAAAACCAAACCUAUUCCUUUUCACCUUCCAAGUCCUACAGUCGACAGUCCUCUUCUUCUGACACAGAUUUGAGUUUGACACCCAAAACUGGAAUGGGCAGUGGGAGUGCUGGAAAAGAAGGGGGACCAUUUAAAGCUCUAUUAAGACAACAGACGCAGACAGCUCUGGAGCAAAGGGAAGGAUCGCCUCAUAGGUUCUGUCGAAGGAGGGAAUUUCCCUUUUUUACCUUGACGGCCUUUCCACCUGGCUUCCUUGUCCAUGUUGGUGGUGUGGUCAGUGCACGCUCUGUGAAGCUUUUGGACCGCAUCCACAAUCCUGAUGAACCAGAGACACGAGAUGCGUGGUGGGCAGAAAUCAGACAAGAGAUAAAAUCCCAUGCCAAGGCAUUGGGUUGUCAUGCUGUAGUGGGCUACAGUGAAUCAACUAGCAUUUGUGAAGAGGUCUGUAUUUUGUCCGCGUCUGGCACAGCAGCUGUACUGAACCCUAGGUUUCUCCAGGAUGGCACCAUGGAAGGCUGUUUGGAACAAAGGUUGUCAUGGCAGCCUGGCUUCUUUUCCAUAGGGUCAGAGAAGGGAGAGGUUGAUUUUUUUCCUCAGAACCAAGAUAGUUCUUCUCUAUUAGGGAUAGAAGAAACUUCACCUCCAGGUUGUGGAUUUUGCCACAUACCAUAUGAUGAACUGAACAUGCCAUUCCCUGCUCAUCUCACAUACUGUUACAACUGCAGAAAACAAAAGGUUCCUGAUGUUCUUUUCACAACAAUAGAUCUGCCUGCAGAGGCAAUGGUUAUUGGAAAGGGAUGUCUUAUUCAAGCCAGGUUAUGUCGCCUGAAAAAGAAAGCUCAAGCUGAAGCAAAUGCAACAUCCAUCAGUAAUCUGUUGCCAUUUAUGGAAUAUGAAGUACACACCCAGCUAAUGAAUAAACUUAAAUUGAAAGGAAUGAAUGCUCUGUUCGGUCUGAGGAUUCAGAUUACAGUGGGUGAAAAUAUGCUGAUGGGCUUGGCAUCUGCCACUGGUGUGUAUCUGACAGCUUUACCGACCCCUGGUGGUAUUCAGAUUGCUGGGAAGACUCCAAAUGAUGGCGCCUAUGAACAGCAUGUUUCUCACAUGCAAAAAAAAAUAAAUGAUACAAUAGCAAAAAACAAGGAACUUUAUGAGAUUAACCCUCCUGAGAUACCAGAGGAAAUCAUAGGAUCUCCCUUUCCAGAACCAAGACAGCGUUCCAGGCUGCUAAGAUCUCAGUCAGAAAGUUCUGAUGAAGUUAUGGAACUGGACCUUUCACAUGGGAAAAAGGAUGCUUUUGUCUUGGAGAUUGAUGAUACAGAUGCAAUGGAAGAUGUACAUUCUUUACUGACGGAUGUUCCACCACCUCCAGGUUUUUACAGUUGUAACACAGAAAUCAUGCCUGGCAUAAAUAACUGGACUUCUGAUAUACAGAUGUUCACCUCAGUAAGAGUAUCCAGGUUAAGCAACAUUAACCUGACAAAUCAAACACUUAACAAGAACUUUAAUGAUCUCUGUGAGAAUCUGCUUAAGAGUCUGUAUUUCAAGCUGCGAUCUAUGAUUCCCUGCUGUCUUUGCCACGUAAAUUUUACAGUGGCUCUUCCAGAGGAUGAAGUAAUUCAGGUCACAGUCACAGCGGUUGCAAUAACAUUUGACAAAAAUCAAGCUUUACAAACCAGUAAAGUCCCUGUAGAAAAAACAUUGCAAAGGGCCUCUACAGACAAUGAAGAGCAGCUACAGUUUCCACUGGAACUUUGCUCUGAUCCUCUUGUUUCUCAACCAUUCUCACCAGCUAAAGAGGUCCUGGAGAAUGCAAGUUCCCACACAGGUAUACCAGCUGCACAGAGAGCAACGUCAGUUGAUUACAGUUCCUUUGCAGACAGAUGCAACAGCUGGAUAGAGCUCAUUAAACUGAAAGCUCACACCAUAAGGCGUGGAUCAAAUAAGACAACUGCUUCUCUUGACAAAGCAAGUCCACUGACUGAAGGACACUUGCGUCACCGUUCUGUUCCAUCAUGCACCAAUUCUACUGUCUCGGUUGUUAAGAUGACACCUCUUUCUUUUAUCCCUGGGGCAAAAAUAACCAAGUAUCUUGGGAUAAUCAACAUGUUUUUUAUUCGAGAAACCACUUCUUUACGUGAGGAGGGCGGAGUCAGUGGCUUUCUCCAUGCUUUCAUUGCUGAAGUGUUUGCAAUGGUGAGGGCACACGUUGCGGCUUUAGGGGGAAAUGCAGUUGUCUCGUACAUAAUGAAACAGUGUGUUUUCAUGGAGAACCCCAACAAAAAUCAGGCACAGUGUCUAAUAAAUGUCAGUGGGGAUGCAGUGAUCGUUGUACGUGAAUCUGAAUUAGAAAUGGUACCAGUGCAACCAUCUGCUGCUGUCUCUCAACCUGCAAGUGCUGGAGAUGUCACGACAUGAAGCCAGAAGAAAUGGAAUGGCUCUGCCCAAAGUAAAAAGAUCUUUGCAAAAUGUGGGAAUGUUUAGCUUUACCGCUUCAAAAAUCAGUAAUUCUCCAAAAUAUUACAGUCAGCUAAAUCUGAGACAAUCACUAACCUUUGUCCAUCAGCUUUACAUAAUAGCCAGGGCAGUGUUUUAUUGGCAAGUACCCUGUAAUUCCAUUUUUUUUUCAUUACUAGCCCCUGUGAAAUCUAGACAGAAGAUGAGGCAUUGAUCUAAAGGAAUUCCAUAGAGCUCCUGAAAUAAAACAGGAACUUACCUGUGUCUUUUCUUUAUGUAGUUGUUUGACAGGGCCAGCACAAAUAAUAACUGAAACAGUAUCUGAGUCUGAUAAUGCUUGUUCAUGUUAAUUUACUCUUAGUUAAUUUAAGAAACAAAAACUGGAAGAUAAUUAAGAAACUGGAAUCAGCUGCCUUUGAAUGAGCAAGAGAUCAUGAACUCAUUAAAAAAAAAAUUACCAAAUAAGCAAUCGUCUGAUAUGAAGUCUAACGAGCUUUAGCUCAUGGAACUUUGAGAGGAAAAAAGCACCAGAAAUGACUGUCUGAACUUAGCAGCAUGCUAAAAUGUUUUUCAACUGUUUGUGAACUAGUGAAUAUUUUUAUUGUACAACAUAUUUUUUUAUUUUAAAUGUUCGAUGUUGCUGCUUUGUAAGCAUAACUAUGGUAAAACAAAAUAAAUUAUUAUAUCUGGUUCAGAUAUUAUAAGUUCAUUUCAAUAUUAACAUUUGUAAAAUGCUUUUUUUGGCGGGGUGGGAAGAGUCUGCAAAAUAAUGUCUUAAACUACUGAAGUCCAGUUUUUUAGGGCAUGAUCUUGCAAUAUUGAUAUAGACAAAGUCAGAGAGACAGUCACCUGCAUAUAUGGAGGCAGAAUCAGGCCCUCUGUAUUUUGCUAUUUGGAAAUGCCUGGCUAACUUGGGUAAAAGAACAGUUAAGAUAUUUUUAUGACAUUAACUUCUGCAAGUCAGGUUUCCUUUCAAAUACUAUAAUUGGGAGAUGAUGGGUACUGCAGGUAAAGGAAACAAUCUAUUUCCAGCAAAUCUUUUGAAGACUUUGGUAGAAUAAUAUAAAGACUGACUCUUUAGAUUUGAAGACAUGUUCAUGGACGUAUGUGUUGACAACAUCUAAUAUGGAACUUGAAUAAAUGUGUAAACUUGAAUGUAAAUAUUCUGUGUAGUCAGACCCAAAUAUCCCAUUGUAUAUGAGCAUGAAAAUCAUAUUCCUCUUUGUACAAUAAAUUUCUGUA